AUGAAUACUAAAAAAUAGAUUUAAACUCCUUAGAAGAAGUCUCGAGCUGGAAGUAAUGCCACUCACCUUUAGAGCAGAAACUCAGCCUCAAAGCACGUCCAAGAAUAGGAAAAAUGCUACCAAACAAUAUUUACCUUGAGUGAUAUCAGAAAUCAGCAUUUGAUCUCAUCUGAUGUAUGCUAUCACAAACUUUAAAAGGAAAUCCUAGAGCAGAUAGAAAGUACAGAUAAAUCACUUAGCGAGGAGAUUAAAGCCAGUUAGAACGAGAUGCGCUAGAUGAUACAGUAGUUGAUGGAUACUGAUGCCUUAAGAGCUGGGGAAAGCUUCUCGAAUCUUAAAGUUAAAAGCAAUUUGAAUAUAAACAUGAUCAGCAAUCCCAAUCGAUCUGCAUCUUCUCUAAGCAUCAAUAACAACAGUAGUCCUUACUAAACCACUCAGUCAAAGGAAGAAAUCAAGUAAAUGAUAAUGGACAAGAUUUCUAAGAAAUUUGCACCAAAUUUCACAAAUGAGGACAAUAUUUAUCCAGCUUCGUACAAUAUAUUCUAGCCUCAAGAUCCUGAAAAAAUAGUUAAAUCUUAUCUAAUGAGUGAUGAAUUGAAUCCUACUUUAGAUAAUUCUUAUAUGAGUAAAGUCAAGAUAGCUCCUCUAACAAUCUAAAAUGCAUCUAAAGUACAAAAGAAAGUAGAUAAUGAUUUUGAAUUCUGUGUUUAUGAUUUCCAACCAGCAAAUCCCAAUUUCCUUUUGCUUCAGAGACUUGAUUAUAUGGCAAAACAUUAGCAAUAAUGGCUGACGAAUGUGGAGGUUCAAAAGCGAGUCACAGAUAAGCAGCUGAAGAUGAGAUAUCCACAGAUCUUUGAGGAGUUCAGACUUGAGCAAAAGCAUCUGACAGGCAUCUUCAGGUCAGGUUCAAAGAACUAAAACAAUCAAGACUAUGAUGACUGGGAUGAUAUUCAGAGAUACAGAGACAACAAAGCUGACAUACCAAUGAGUAGAUUUAGGUUUUAUCAGCAUGAGGUGAAGCAUGAACCCCAUCCCUAAAUCAUUAAAAAUCCCUUGGAAUAUGAAUUAGAGUAUAAGAAGAGAAUGAUUUGGAGUCUAAGAGAUAUUGAGACCUUCAUCUCAGCUACUCUAGAAAAUCCAAAGAACUUCUGGGCAAUCGGGAAAUCUCUACCACAUAAGACUUCUAAAGAGCUGGUGUUUUUCUUCCAGGCUUUUAAAAAGCUUUUUAAUCUGAAGAAGCAUUUUAACACAUGCUAGGUCAUGAUAGGUUUGCCCUCGCAGGCAGGCAAGAAAUAAGCAAUUUAAGAUAUAAUCAACGAAGUAAUGAAGCCAAUCAUCAAGUACUAGUAAGAAAAAAGAAAUCCAUCCAACACAUUCGAUAUUAACUAAGGAGUAGCUGCUUGCUUUUACGGAUAGAAUUAGAUUUACUUCACAGUAUAGGAGUUACUGUAAAUAUAUUCUGGAAUAAGUGAAGCUCGCAGGAAGUGCAAGGAAGUUGAGAAGGAUAAGAUAGUGGAUUAGAAGCUUAGUCAUUAUUUCUUUAACACAUUCGCUCCUCCUUUAUAUGAAUCCAAGGUGGACAAGACCACUCUAAAAACUAUAGAUUACUUUGAUAAGAUCGAGUAAAAUGGACAAAAGCUUUUGGAUUAUUAUCAAUCAUAAGCUGCUUAGAAUAAAUUCAAAGAAGGAUAAGUAGUGAGCAACCUCUCAAGGAAGAUAGCUAUGCAUAUAAACCUAUAUCAAUCUCAGAAAUAAUUGUUGCCUUAGAAGAUGAUAAAGUAGUCUUUGAAAUCAGCGACUUAAAAAGACUUGCUGCUGAGAAAGCGAAACUUCAAUGAAUUCUACUAUCAGACUAGUGGUAGAGAUAUCUCUAAGUGGAUUUUGCAAAAGCAACUCUUAGUAGAAGAUAACGGCUACAACUCUAAGCGCUAGAGACUAAGUUCAAGCAACUUCGAGAGUUCAUUAAUUAACUCUGCGGUAGGAGGGUCAAACUCAGCAAACAAUCAGUCCGCGCAAAGUAAGUUUAACUAUGAGAUGCGGACGUAUAACUACUCCUCGUCAGCCGUGUUUCCAUAAUUCAUCACAGUGAAGCAGCAAUCAUUCACUGAGAAAUUCAUUGAAGAGUUGAAUAAAGAGAAGCAGUAAAUGAUUGAAGCUAAUAAGAAAAAUGAAGAAGAUGCAAAGAAGGCCUAAAUAGAUGCAGCUAGUAAAUCGUUGCAAGCUUAAAGAGGAAGAAUCUAAGUAGAUAUUCAGAAGGAGUUUAAUAACGAUAAAGAAUUCAAGACCUACAUGGACAAGAAGUUUUCCUCAAUCUUUAUGGAGAACUAGACUUAAAAUCCAAGUAAGUAGGAUAGCAGUUCCGAGGAUUCAAAUGAUGUAGAUGACAGCAGUAACAAUAGACAGAGAAAAGGCCUGCUCCAGUGGCAAGAAGAUGAAAAGGAGAAAUUCAUUCUCCUACUCAAGAAACACGGUAGAGACUGGUGUGCUAUUUCUGAUGAGUUACCCAGAAAAACAGAUAAGCAGUGUAGGAACUAUUUCUAGAACUAUAAGCACAAACUCAACUUGCAAUAGUACCUACCUGAUAAGAAUAAAUGA